CAGGACUCGAUUCCGUAAAAGUAGCAGAAGCUUAUUUCUUAUACCAAAGAACGAUUUAUUUCCUUUCUAUUUGCUCUUAAAUAUAAUGCAACUGAAUUCGUAUUACUAUCCGAUAAAGGAUAAGUCGUUUAUAUAACGGAGUUCUGUCAAGUCUUGGGAGUUACAAAAUUCAAUUUGAAUAUAUGUUCUUCCUACGUACUAUAGCUGCCAAGUCUUCCCUCAGCAAUCAUGUCUAAUGCUGCCUUAAGGGUCGCAUUACUCAUCGUCUCCACGACGGCAGCCAAAGACCCUUCUUCUGAUGCGUCUCAAGACAUUCUAAGUGAAGUACUUGAGAAUGAAGGCGGUGGAAAAUGGACUCUAGUUGAUACAAAGAUUGUCCCUGAUGUAGUCACUCAAAUUCAACGGCAAAUUACGUUAUGGACGGAUAUUGCCGCAGAUACCAUCAACCUCAUCCUGACCACCGGAGGUACCGGUUUUGCGGUUACGGACAAUACCCCAGAAGCCGUAUCAGCUCUGCUCCAUAAGACUGCACCCGGUAUUGUUCACGGCAUGCUAGCAGCCUCUCUAGAUGUCACCCCAUUUGCCAUGAUGUCUCGCCCAGUCGCAGGUAUCCGAAAUAAAUCCAUAAUUAUCACACUUCCAGGUUCACCAAAAGGGGCCCGAGAAAAUUUACAAGCAGUUUUGAAAACGCUACCGCAUGCAUGUCUUCAAGCUGCCGGUAUGGACUCGAGGACAUUACAUGCUGGUGGGGUUAAAAAGCUCGAAGUAGAAGCUGGUUUGAGACCGGGAGGAAGUCAGCCACAUUCUCAUGACCAUUCCCAUGACCAUUCCCACGAUCACCAUAGUCAUGGACACAGCCACGGCCACGGACAUGGUCAUGGUCACGGGAGUUUAGUUAGACAUACGGCCCCUAGCUCAAACCCGAUGUCUAAUGACCCUAGCUUGGGCCCUAGCCGGAGAAACAGAGAGUCUCCAUACCCUAUGCUUUCGGUGGAAGAUGCAUUAGGCAAGAUCAAGGAACAAACACCGCCAGUGGAAAUUGUCACCUUGAAAGUUGAUCGGUCACUUCCCGGUCACGUACUAGCCGAAGAUGUCUCAGCGAGAGAAAAUGUGCCUGCCUUCAGAGCAAGUAUCGUCGAUGGUUACGCCGUUGUUGUACCCAAGGAUGGAAAUAUGAAGGGUGUUUUCCCUGUCGUCUCGGUAUCUCAUGCUUCGCCAGGCCAUGCCAAACCCCUGAAAGAAGGGGAAAUUGCUAGGAUAACAACUGGAGCACCACUGCCUCCGGGAGCAACCUCUGUCAUCAUGGUUGAGGAUACGAUUUUAAAAACUAUGACUGACGAUGGUAAAGAAGAGAAAGAAAUAGAGAUCCUUGCCGAUAACGUGCGGGAAGGAGAGAAUAUCCGCGAGGUUGGUAGCGAUAUCAAAGCAGGAACAACUAUCCUUAGUAAAGGAGAGCAAAUAUCGGCAGUCGGUGGUGAAAUAGGUCUCCUUGCCGCUGUUGGAGUUGCGGAAGUAAAGGUAUACCGCAAGCCUGUUAUAGGAGUACUAUCCACCGGGGACGAGAUUGUCCAACAUGAUCGGCCAGGUGAUUUACAAUUAGGGGAAGUACGCGAUACUAACCGUAUCACAUUAAUGUGCGCUGCGAGGGAAUGUGGAUAUCACGUCGUCGACCUUGGCAUCGCAGCAGACAAGCCUGGCACCCUGGAAGAGACGUUGAGAGAUGCCUUGCGGCAAGUCGACUUCAUCAUUACAACUGGAGGGGUCUCCAUGGGCGAGCUUGAUUUGUUGAAGCCAACUAUCGAGAGAUCGCUAGGUGGAACUAUCCAUUUUGGUCGCGUUGCCAUGAAGCCAGGCAAACCAACAACAUUCGCCACCGUCCCUGUCAAGAACAAUGCGGGCGAACGAGUCAUGAAAGUCAUAUUCUCUCUACCCGGAAAUCCCGCGUCGGCUAUCGUUACGUUUCACCUUUUCGUCCUACCUUCUCUUCACCAAAUAUCGGGCGUCUCGCCGGUCGGCCUGACGAAAGUCCCGGUCACCUUAUCCCAUGACUUCGUUUUAGACAAGACGAGACCCGAGUACCAUCGCGCUGUCGUUACAGUGGGCAAAGACGGGAAUCUAGUUGCUGCCAGCACGGGCGGACAGCGAAGUUCGAAGGUCGGUAGCUUAAGGGGUGCUAACUCCUUACUGUGCAUGCCGAGUGGCAAGGAGCCACUCAAGAAAGGGACAAAGGUCGAUGCCCUUAUGAUGAGCGGUAUUAGGAUUGAGCUCUAAACAGUAUGUUGUCUCUCAAAUUACCUAAUACUAUGAGCAUUUCGUAAUCGGCUCGUCUUAUACAUCUCAACUGCAAAAUACCUAAGUUACCUACCAAGUAUAUAUGAUUAGCUUUUUGAUGUCUCACUGGUAUAAGUAACGCUGUUACCGCUUCCAUAAAUAGGUUUGACC